AUGUCUAACCCUCCUCAUGGUGGUGUCCUUAAGGACCUCUUCGCCAGAGAUCUCCCCCGCCAUGCUGAGCUCGCUGCUGAAGCCGAAACCCUGCCUGCCCUCACCCUUACUGAGCGUCAGAUCUGUGAUCUUGAGCUCAUCCUCAACGGUGGCUUCUCUCCCCUGGAGGGCUUCAUGAACGAGAAGGAUUACAAUGGUGUUUGCGCUGAGUCCCGUCUCACUGACGGCAACCUCUUCCCCAUGCCAAUCAACCUCGACGUCACUAAGGAGAACAUCGAGGAGAUGGGUAUCAAGCCUGGUGCUCGUAUCACUCUCCGUGACUUCCGUGAUGAGAACAACCUUGCCAUCAUCACCGUCGAGGACGUCUACCAGCCUGACAAGACGAAGGAAGGUGAACUUGUCUUCGGUGGAGACCCAGAGCACCCUGCUAUCAUCUACCUCAACAACACCACCAAGAACUUCUACGUCGGUGGUAAGCUUGAGGCCGUCAACAAACUCAACCACUACGAUUAUGUCGGUCUUCGAUUCACUCCUGCUGAGCUCCGCGCUCAUUUCGACAAGCUUGGCUGGACCAAGGUUGUCGCCUUCCAGACCCGUAACCCCAUGCACAGAGCUCACCGUGAGCUGACUGUCCGCGCUGCUCGUGCCCGCCAGGCCAACGUUCUCAUUCACCCAACUGUCGGUCUUACCAAGCCUGGUGACAUUGAUCACUUCACCCGUGUCCGUGUCUAUGAGGCUCUUCUUCCCCGUUAUCCCAACGGCAUGGCCGCUCUCGGUCUCUUGCCCCUUGCCAUGAGAAUGGGUGGUCCUCGUGAGGCUCUCUGGCACGCUAUCAUUCGUAAGAACCACGGAUGCACUCACUUCAUUGUUGGCCGUGACCACGCUGGUCCAGGAAAGAACUCUGCUGGUCAGGAAAUGUACGGCCCAUACGACGCCCAGCACCUCGUUGAGAAGUACCGUGAUGAGCUCGGUAUCGAGGUCGUUGAGUUCCAGAUGCUUACCUACCUCCCCGACUCUGAUGAGUACCGUCCACAUGACCAGGUUCCAGAGGGUACCAAGACUCUCAACAUCUCCGGAACUGAGCUCCGCAAGCGUCUCCGUACCGGUGCCACUAUCCCCGAAUGGUUCUCAUACCCCGAGGUUGUUAAGGUCCUCCGUGACUCCAACCCUCCUCGUGCCAAGCAGGGCUUCACCGUCUUCCUCACUGGUUACCUCAACUCUGGAAAGGCCGCUAUCGCCCGUGCCCUCCAGGUUACCCUCAACCAGCAGGGAGGUCGCCCAGUCUCUCUCCUUCUCGGAGACACUGUCCGUCACGAACUCUCCUCUGAGCUCGGAUUCUCCCGUGAAGACCGUGACAAGAACAUUCAGCGUAUUGCCUUCGUUGCCUCCGAGCUCACCAAGGCCGGUGCUGCCGUCAUUGCUGCCCCCAUUGCUCCCUAUGCUCACUCCCGUGAUGCUGCCCGCACUACCAUCUCCAGCAAGGGCACCUUCUUCCUCAUCCACGUUGCCACCUCCCUCGAGUAUGCCGAGAAGACUGACAAGCGUGGUGUCUAUGCCCGUGCUCGCCGUGGUGAGAUCCAGGGCUUCACCGGUGUCGACGACCCAUAUGAGGCUCCCACCAACGCCGAUCUCACCGUCGACAUUGAGAAGCAGUCCGUCCGUUCCAUUGUCCACGAGAUCAUUCUCAUGCUCGAGUCCCAGGGCUACCUCGAGAGAUCUUAA